AUGUUUAAAAAUACAUCUUUAUUUGCUAAUAUGUCAAGUAAUUCACCAAAACCAAAGAUUUGUAGUUUUAUUAUAAUAAAUAUACUUAGUAGUGAUGAAAAUGAUAUUGUUGAUAUUGUAUAUUGGCCUGAAAUUUCAAUGAUUAACAGGAAAGAAGAUCAAUUGUAUUCACAUCUUUUAUCGAUCGGUAACAAAAUUUAUUAUGGUAAAAUUAACGAAAAAUUACGUGAAGCGUUAAUUACAUCUAGUAUUAAUGAUGAAGAAGAAUAUUAUUCUAGUUCAUGGAAAGAUAAUAAACUUGAUGGAUAUGAUUAUAAUUUUAAAAAUCACGGUUCAAUUCUUUUAUCAUCGUGA